AUGAACAAAUUGAUUGAAUUCUUCUGGGCCAAUGACAUAAUUGGCUCAUUUCUUGGCGUCAUAUUGAGCACCGCUUUGAUAUCGGCCGUUUAUGAACGUCGAAAAGCUGGCAAAAUGCAUCCAUACAGUCAAAUUGUACUAGUCCUGGCUAUAAACGACUUUUUCUUCUGUUUUGUCGAGUGCUGCUUACAACAUGUAAGUUCAAACAAUUAGCUCUAGUUUUAGCCCAGAGCUCUAGUCCAGAGCCCCAGUUCAGAGCCCUAGCCCAGAGCCCUAGCCCAGAGCCCUAGCCCAGAGCCCUAGCCCAGAGCCCUAGCCCAGAGCCCUAGCCCAGAGCCCUAGCCCAGAGCCCUAGCCCAGAGCCCUAGCCCAGAGCCCUAGCCCAGAGCCCUAGCCCAGAGCCCUAGCCCAGAGCCCUAGCCCAGAGCCCUAGCCCAGAGCCCUAGCCCAGAGCCUUAGUCUACAACGUUAGCCCAGAGCUCUAGUCUUAAGUAAUCGCACUUUCAAAUUACCUUUUUUUUAGAUUUUAGCCUUUGGGCAUUACAAAAUGUUCGUCACAGCACAUGGUGUAGAACACUAUUUGUUGUCUGAUACUUACUAUCCUAUAACUUUUAUAAUACACAUGUUUUUCCUCAUGAACACUAUAACUUUUCUACCUGCGGUGUACUCUUAUCGGUAUGAAUUUAUUAAAAAGUAAGUUUAUCUUCAGUUUUUUUUAAAAUCUUUUUAACCAAAAAAAAGUCUUGUCGUCAAUUUGCAUUGCUGUUAAUAGUUCAAAACAACAAAACUUUUUUUGAAAUUUUUUGAAAAAAUUAAAAUUUUAAAUAUAAAUUUAAAAAACUUAUUUUAUAGUGCAAAUGGUACCUAUCAGUGGAAGCACCUCUUGUCCAGGAUUAGUAUCUCUUUGGUUUUUUCAUUAUGUUGUGCAGCUUCUGGAGGCUUAGCUGUGCAUAGAAGUCUACAGAAUUCAAGAGAAUUUUAUUUAGAACUUAUACCUGAAGUUUGGAUUAGCAACAACAAAACUUACUUUGUCUAUGCUGUUGAUGUGGUAAGUUAUUUUUUUAUGUAAAAUACGGCUCCGCUGUUUUUAACGUAAACAUUUAGACUAUGACUAGGACUAAUGAUAGGGUAAGACAUGGGAAAGACAAAGGUAGGGAGGUAUUGGACAAAAUAUGAGGCUAGGCAGAAGGAAGAACAAGAUUAGGGAACGUGUAAGGUAAGUAUUGAAUAAGACUGGAGAAAAGUUACCGCAACGGUAAACAGGUACAACAUUGAUAAAUGUAGAACAAGAGUAGGGCUAGAGUUAUGGGCUACGACUAGACAUGGCAAUCGGGUCGGGCUUCGGGCCCGCGUCGGCCCGUUUUUUGAAUUUUUUUUCCCGCGCUUUUUUUUCUGCUUAUCAAAUCUGUUUGAAACUUUUUCUACCCCUUGGUUUUAUUGGGUGCUACCUCCUCCAAAUGGCCUUAAAAUUUUGAUAUCUCUUAUAGUUUUUGAGAUAUUGACUUGGCGGGAAAAAAAUUCAAAAACCGGGCCGACGCGAGCCUGCGGCCCGGCUCGAUUGCCAUGUCUAGCUACGACUCUGAGCUAGGGCUCUGUGCUAGGACUUUGGACUAAAGCUCUGGGCUAGGGCUCUGGGCUAGAACUUUGGACUAGGACUUUGGGCUAGGGCUCUGGGCUAGGGCUCUGGGCUAGGGCUCUGAGCUAGGGCUCUAGGCUAGGGCUCUGGGGUACCGAUAGGGUUAAAGUGAGAACUUUUUUUUAAAUUUGAUUAUGGAAUUUUAGGAAAACGUUCAAGGAAUAAGUUGGAUGGCAUUUACUUGUACUGAAUCGACUAUAGCUAUGGUUUGUACUCUAUAUUACGCUUUGAAGACGUAUAAAGUGAUGAAGGAAAUGAAUAUUAAUGUAACAGCUAAAACAAAAUCAAUGCAGACCGAGUUUACUAAAAGCUUGAUUUCUCAGGUAAGCAAAAAUUGAAAAAAUUAAUUUUAAAAUUUUAAAAAAAUUUAAAAUUUUGAUUUUUUUUUGAAAUUCAGAAUUUUAGACAUUAGUAGUCCUGUUCAUGGCCAAUACUCCAGCCUCAGCCGUUUUCUUUUGUAUUAUCUUUGGUUAUACUUCAAAUUACGUUGGGACUUUGAUUUUAUGGCCCUUUUCAUGGGUAUCAGCUUGUGCUUCAUUACUGACGUUCUAUUUUAUUAAGGACUAUCGAUGUUGGAUAUAUGAGAAAGUCGGCUAUCGAAAGGACGUGGUCGAGGCUUAUUCUGUUAGUACUAGUCAUGUUCGGUAG